AUGGACUCUGUUGGCAUUGGACGUCAGACUAUCCAGAUCCUAUGUUGCCUGCUGAUCAUAAGUCUGGGGGCCAUGCUGGUCUCUGCUCCCACUCCUCCUCACUUCAACACAGAAAUUUCUACCAUUUGGACUUCUGGGUACCCAUUCAUAGGAGCUCUAUGUUUUGCCAUUAGUGGAUCCUCAAUUAUCUCUGGAAGAAAAGCAACUAAACCCUAUGCCAUGAGCAGUCUGACAGCAAACUCCGUGAGCACUGUGGCCGCUACCACAGGCAUUGGCUUCCUAGCUGACAGCCUGAGAGCCCUGGGGGUGAGAGAAGAACCCGGCCACCUCUCCUCGCUGCCUUACAUGACAUACUACUAUGGCAUCUACCAGGGCGAGGAGUGCUUCCUGGUGGGCUUUAGCCUAAGGGGGGCGCUGGUGGUGAUGCUGAUAUUCACUGUGCUGGAGUUCUCCCUGGCUGCCUUCUCCUCCUUCCUGUGGUGGAAACAGGCCUAUUUCGACAGCCCAGGGAGAACAUCUGCCUGGUCUCAGUCCCAAGGUCAUGUCCAGCAGGGCAAGAAGAAUUCUCCAAGGACAUGGAUAUAAGUAUCCUUGGACCUUAGAAGAAAAAAAAAAAAAGUGACCAGACUCUCCUUCACAUAACUAAGCAUGACUAAGCUGUCCUGGGAUUUUGACCAGACUCUCCUUCACAUAACUAAGCAUGACUAAGCUGUCCUGGGGUUUCAACUACUUCAGACAUUCUGGAAGAAACUUUAAGGAAACCAUGUGUUUUCGCUCUGCUUGUUUAUUUUGUUUUGUUUUGUUGUUUCCCGGGUUAUUGCUGGGGCUCAGUGCCUGCACUACGAAUCUACUUCUCCUGGAGGCUAUUCUUUGCAUUUUUGUUGCCCUUGUUGUUGUUGUUGUUGUUACUAUUGUUGUUGGAUAGGACAGACAGAAAUUGAGAGAGAUCAGGAAGAUAGAGGAGGAGAGAAAGAAAGACACCUACAGACCUGCUUCACCGAUUGUGAAUUGACCUCCCCCCACCUCCUGCAGUUGGGGAACCUGGGGCUCGAACCCAGAUCCUUACGCCUGUCCUUGAGCUUUGUGUCAUGUGUGCUUUUAUUCCUUUAUUCCGCAGUGGAGGGCUAGUACUGCUACUUGCACUUGAGCGUGAGUAAUUGUAUCUCUCCUGGAAAUAUCUCCCCCCCACACACACACAAAAAAAUCAUCUUAGUGAAAUCUUACUAGCCAGCCUUCCAAAAUGGCAGUGGGCUUUGUAACACACUCUUGAUCAAAAGAACCGAAAGUGAUUUGUCUAUCUGGAAAUAUGAAGAGAAAUUGUGCGUUCCUGUGUGGUGUCACAAGCAAUGUGUCUUGCAGAAUCUAUUUCUUUAUUAUUUUCACACGCCUCUGUUGCUGAAGUAUCGGAUAGCAGGGAUUUUAAAUCUCUUUUCUUUU